AGAGAAAGGCACAAUGAAAUUGAUUUUCUUAACGAGUAUUUUCAUCACUUUGUUUUCUGAAACUUUAUUGGAGAUCUUACCUAAAGAAUAUGAUCACUGUGUUUGCAAUGUUAGCCAAGGUUUGGAUACAAUUGUAGUCUAUGUCACCAACGGCCCACCAGAACCACUGGACAAGGAAGUACUUCUUGAUGACGAAGUAACUGCUGGUCAAUUUCUUGAAAAAUUAUGCCCAGAAUAUGCUUAUGAUGAAAACCCUCGUGUUUGUUGCUCUCUGACACAUCUGCGUGAACUUCACAAAACUAUUGACUUAUUGGAAGCGCUAGGGUUCUCUCGUUGCCCAUCAUGCUUUCAAAAUCUUCUCCAAUUACUUUGCACCUCGAAUUGUGCACCCUAUCAGAACCAAUUCAUGCAAGUCACCGAGACAGCCUUCAUUGAUGAUGGCGACCACAAAUCAGAAAUAAUCAAAUCUUUGAAUAUACAUGUAUCUAAAUUAUAUGCUUAUAAAACAUACGAGUCAUGCAGUGAAGUACAAGGCCUCUUUCCCGGCUCUCUUUUAUACGACUUGUUGUGUGGCGCUUGGGGUAGCUCUCAAUGCACCACUGAACGACUACUGGAGCAGCUGGGAAAACCUGUAACUGAAGGUGGUAAAACCUAUGCUAGGACUUCCUUCAAACUUCACGUUGAGGAGAAAGUAGUUGUUAAUGGACGCACAUUUUUCCCUGUCAAAACACCAUAUUUUAAAUGUUCAGAGGCUCCCGGUCCAAAUCUGAGUGCUUGCAAUUGCUAUGAUUGCAAAGCAUCAUGUGCUGCUAAAGCUUUAGAGCCUCCCGUUUUCCCUGAAGAAGGAAAAUCAUUCAGCGUAUUUCAAAUAGAUGGCUUUAUCUUUUGUGCAAUAUUGGGUUUUGGUUUAUUUUCUACAUGCGUCACAGUGAUAUUCUGCUGUCUUAGCCAUCCUUGUUUCAAACGUCCACUUUCAAAGACUAAAAAUGACAAAAAAUCAUCAUUUGAAAAAUCUUUCUAUAGUCCUUCCAAGACAUUUGGAAACUGGUUUGAAGAACGAUUAGAGACAGCUUUUAUGCAUUGGGCUAUUUUUGUUUCUAAAUAUCCAGUACUUAUCGUGAUGUUAUCUCUUUUUAUUUGUAGCAUCUGUUCAUUAGGUUUGGUUUUCAAUUCCGUCAUCACCACGGAUCCAGUCGAACUUUGGGUAUUCCCAAACAGUGAGGCUCGAAGAGAUAUGGAAGAUUAUAAUAAACAUUUUGGAUCUUUUUAUAGAGUUGAACAAAUCAUUAUAACUCCAACAAAUCGAGAGACAUUUUAUCAUCCUAUUAUAGUAAACCACGAAUUAAAGAACAUUUCUUGGGGGCCUGUGUUUCAACAAGAUUUUCUAUUGGCAGCUUUUAAACUGCAAGAGCAGGUUGAAAAUUUAACUGCAACACUCGAUGGCACUCCUAUACAUCUGAAAGACAUAUGUCUAGCACCUUUGAAGCCUCUGAAUACGGAAUGUGCUAUACAAAGUCUUUUCGGAUACUUUCAAAAUAAAAUUGAACGUUUCUAUAAUAAGACGGAUUAUUUAUUCCAUUUUAAACGCUGCUCAUUGGCAGAUAAAACUAUUGCCUGUUUCGCUCCCUAUGGAGGACCCAUUGAUGACAUGUCUCUAGUGCUCAGUGGAUUCCAUGAGACAUUCGAUUCGGCUGAAGCACUGUCUAUCACUUUCCCUCUUCUCAACUAUAAUGAAGAGAGCAAAAAUGUAAAGGCCCGAAUGUGGGAAUCGGAAUUAGUGGAUUUUUUGAAAAAUUAUUCUCAUCCUUUAAUGAAUAUAAGCUUUAUGACUGAGAGAUCCCUAGAAGAUGAAUAUAUUAGAGGAAGUCAGUCUGAUAUUUUGCUGAUAAGUAUAAGUUAUCUCCUGAUGUUCUGUUACAUUGUCAUCACGCUUGGAGAUUAUCAUAGGUGUAAAACAUUUUUGUUGGGAUCCAAAUUUUGUCUGGGUUCCGCUGGAGUUCUCAUUGUGCUCAUCUCUGUUAUCUCCACUCUCGGUCUGCUUUGCUUCCUCGGAAUUCCUUCUACGUUUAUUGUUUUAGAGGCUGUACCAUUCCUGGUAUUAGCUGUGGGAGUAGAUAACAUAUUUAUACUGGUGCAGGCCUAUCAGAGAGGAGAAAAGAAACCUGAUCAAUCACUAGAAGAAUAUAUUGGAUUGGUUGUAGGAAAAGUUGCUCCAAGUAUACUAUUAUCGAGCGUUUCAAUGUCAAGUUGCUUUUUUAUUGGUGCAUUGAUGAAAUCGCCAGCGGUCUGCUUAUUUGCAUUUUAUGCUGGGGUGGCGAUACUAGUGAAUUUCUUGUUGCAAAUGACAUGCUUUUUGGCAAUUUUUAUUUUAGACUGCAGAAGAGAAGAGAAACGCAAAUUAGAUUUCUGUUGCUGCUUUACAAUUUCAGAGGUCAAUGAUGCUAAGAAAUGCCAUUCGAAAAAUGGAGUAAUACAUAGGAUGAUGCAAAAAAUAUACAUUCCUCUCCUUAUGAAAAAUUAUGUUAGAUAUUUUGUGAUGAUAUUUUUCGGAAUCUGGCUUUGUUCAUCUAUUGCAGUUAUAAAUAAAAUUGAAGUUGGAUUGGAGGCUGAACUCACAUUUCCAAAUGAUUCUUACCUAGUGAAUUACUUACAAGAUAUCAAAAAGUAUUCUUCCAUUGGACAUCCUGUUUAUUUUGGUAUCACUGGUGAAUAUAAUUAUACUGAUGUGAAUGCUCAGAAGAAAAUUUGCUCUGCUCAAAGCUUUUGUGAAUCCAAUUCUAUCACUUCUGAGAUUGGAAGAAUGGCUAAAGUGAAAAACAGGACAUACAUUGCCUUACAACCCAUUUCUUGGUUGGACAAUUAUUUUGAAUAUUUACAAUCGGAAUCGUGUUGCUAUGAGUUUAAAAGUAACCGAACACAUUGUCCUUCUUACAUCGCCAAUCAGUUUAAAGGCCUGUGUCGAUCUUGCCGAACGAAAAAUCCAUCCAGUUUAUCAGAAGCAGAAUUUAUUAGAAGACUUCAGUUCUUUUUAUCAGAUAUUUCUUGGGAGAGAUGUCCAAAGGCGGGUAACGCCAUGUUCGGUACUGCAAUCGACAUUUCUCCUUCAAAAAAUUCGACGAAAAUAAAAGCUACCAGUUUCAAAACUUAUCACACUGCCUUGAAAACAUCAAAAGAUUUUUAUGAAGCUCUAGCUUGGUCGAGGAAAAUUGCGGCAAACUUAACCAACAUUUUAAGAAAUGGCAGCGAAAAUUCAGAUGUUCGGGUUUUUCCUUAUAGUUUCCCCCACGUAUUCUAUGAACAAUUCUUGACUCAGUGGCCGGACACCCUAAGAAGUCUGAGUUUAUCAAUAAUUGCAGUAUUCUUAACAACUUUCCUACUGCUAGGGCUGGAUUUUCAUUCAGCUGUUAUGAUUACGGUGACAGUUAUAACAAUUGUAAUCAAUAUCAUGGGUCUCAUGUACUGGUGGAGCAUCACUUUGAAUGCUGUAUCACUGGUAAAUCUGAUUGUGGCAGUGGGAAUAUCUGUUGAAUUUUGCUCCCAUCUAACACGAUGUUUUGCUUUAAGUGAGAAGCCAACUCGUAUCGAAAGAGCUCAAGAUGCUUUGUAUCAAAUGGGAACAUCAGUAUUAACUGGAAUAACAUUAACAGACUGUGGUAUUCUUGUCCUCGCAUUCGCUAAAUCUCAAGUAUUUCGAAUAUUCUAUUUUCGUAUGUUUCUUGGCAUCAUAGCCUUUGGCACUCUUCACGGACUGGUGUUCCUGCCCGUGUUUUUAAGUCUCUUCGGCCCAUCCUCACGACAGAAAAAAGUUAAAAAAUCCUUCAUCAAUCCACCCUCCUUUGAUGAAAGAGAAGCUGAAAUGCCACUUACAAAUGGAGACCAUAAAGAUAAUAUACAAUUAUCAAAUAUGUGAUGAAAUAUAUGGAAUGCUUAGUGAUACAAAACUAUCUAUUUAAUUGUUCAG